AACAGGCAGCACAGAAUAUUAUUAGCUGUAUUUGCACCAUCAAAAAACAAAAUCUCUGUCUUCCAUGACUACACUACUUUUUAUUACAAUAAUUACUCCAUAAUCUCCACACUAUUUUCUACCUUUUCACACACACACAAAUUUUUUCUCCUUAGUUUUGUUUUUUUUCUCCCUCUACUUUCUGUCACUCUCUUGGUUUCCCUUUUUACUCUCUUCAAAAUUUCUGUCUUUUUCUCUCACUGUGAACUCAGCCAAACUCCCCCCGCCCCUAUGCCUCCUGCAGUUUGUCUUCUAUAGCAAUUUUCAUUGACCAAAUUCCCCAAAAAACGAAUCUUGCUGAACAUUCACAAAGAACAUAACACAUUAUUCACAAAAGAAAAUACUAAUAAAAUCCAUGUACUAAAGCUUUCGUUAGUCACUUAUAAAGAAUCCAAACACAAAGAUAAUAUGCUCAACAGUAAGGAACUUGUUCUUGAUUCUUGAUUCAUAAAGUGCUCUUUUUUUUUUUUUUCUAAAAGAAAGAAUCUUGUUAACAAUGGUGGUUUUCAUUUUCUUCGUCUUCUUGUUCUGUUACUACUACUCAUCACUUGCCACGGCCACCACCAUCAUCUCCACCAACAACCGCCGUGUUCUCCAUGAACCCUUUUUCCCAUUAGACUCACCACCUCCUUCACAACCACCCACCCCCUCACCCCCAUCCCCCACUGAGUACCCAUUUCAAGGUUCCAUUCCUCCUCCACCUCCAGAUGAUGACAACAAAAACAACAAUGACAACCCCUUUUUCCCUACUUACCCUUCUCCUCCAGCUCCUCCACUUCCUCCUCCUGAUACCACUUCAGUACCUGCAAAUGUCUCUUCUAUUAUGCUUCCAACUACUUCCAAAUCUAAGCCGGUUUCGUCUAAGCUCAUUGUAACUGCUGUUAUCUCUGUCAUUGCCGCUGUACUUGUUCUAGCUAUUGUGAUCUUCUUGCAUAUAAGAAAAAGGAGGAAAGAGAAUAACCCAAAACCUCAAAGAUCUGAUAGUAAUAGUAUUGGGUUUAAUGGUGAUAAUGAUAAUAAGAAUGAUGGAAACAAUAACAACAAUAGUAUUCCGAAACUUGAAAGACCAUCUCAAACAAGUUCAGAGUUUCUCUACUUAGGUACACUUGUUAACUCUCAUGGCAGCAGCGUUGACACACAUAAUAACAAUACUAAUAUUCGGAAUAACAGUAGUAACCAGAGUCCAGCUGGGAAAAUGGAAUCGCCAGAGUUACAUCCAUUGCCGCCUCUACUUGGAAGGAAUGCGAGACAGAAUUAUGGGCAUACGAGGUUUUUCUCGGGUACUGCUGAGAAUGAUGUGGAUUUUUACUCUUCUGCGGGAUCUAUGGGCGGUAGAGAGAGUUCUAUAGGAGGUGGAUCAUUGUCCCGUAGAGAUUUUGCUGCUGUUGAAGUUGACAAGUUUGGUGGUUGUAGCUCGUCUUCUUCUAGUUCGUCAUCCAGUUCCGGGUCUGGUUCGCCUGUCCGGUCUGUAUCAUUGAGCAUUUCGCCACCAGCGAGUUUGAGUCCGAAAAGGGAAAAUUUAAGAGCUAAAUCGCCUGAAUUGGUGGCUGUUGACACUGCUCCACCACCUCAGUAUCCACCUCCUCCUCCUCCACUGCCACGGCCGACGGCUAAUGUGCCACCAUUUGUAGAAUCUCCAUCUCCGUCACCAUCGCUAUCACCGCGUAGUUCGUUAUCUCCGGAGAGAUAUUCAACUAGAAGCAUGGACUCAUCUCCGGGAGUUUUCAAUCUCUUGGAGCAGGAUGUUCAGUUUCCAGGAAGAAUUAGAAAUCACAUACAGCAUGCUGCACCAGCUUCUGUUCCGCCACCGCCACGUCCACCACCGCCGCCGCCACCGCGGCUUCCUAAGAAUAUGGAACCAGUUCUUGAAGCACCUUUGAGACCCAUAGGAGUUGAGAGGCCAGUAUUGGUUUCAGCAAAGGAGUUGCCUUCUAUUUCAGAACAUGUUGAGAAGAAUGAUGAGAAAACUGAAGAGCCUAAACCAAAGUUGAAAACUUUGCAUUGGGAUAAAGUGAGAGCAAGUUCGGAUCGCGAAAUGGUGUGGGAUCAACUGAAAUCAAGCUCAUUUAAGUUGAAUGAAGAGAUGAUAGAAACAUUGUUUGUUGUGAAGACUCCUACUUCGAAUACAAAUGACACAGCUAGACGCCUUGUUCCUUCACCGAACCAAGAGAAUAGGGUACUUGAUCCAAAGAAGGCGCAGAACAUUGCAAUUUUGCUGAGGGCCCUAAACGUAACCACAGAGGAAAUAUGUGAAGCCCUUUUAGAAGGUAAUGCUGAAAUUAUUGGGACUGAGCUCCUUGAGAUUUUAUUGAAGAUGGCUCCAUCCAAAGAGGAAGAACGUAAGCUAAAAGAGUACAAAGAUGAUUCUCCAUUCAAGCUCGGUCCAGCAGAGAAGUUUCUGAAAGCAAUGCUUGAUAUACCUUUUGCGUUCCAAAGGGUAGAUGCUAUGCUAUAUAUAUCAAAUUUUGAUUACGAGGUCGACUAUCUCAGGAAGUCAUUUGAAACUCUCGAGGCAGCAUGUGAAGAGUUGAGAAGUAGCAGAAUGUUCUUAAAGCUUCUGGAAGCCGUGCUAAAGACGGGGAACCGCAUGAAUGUUGGGACAAACAGGGGGGAUGCUCAUGCCUUCAAACUUGACACACUGCUGAAGCUUGUAGAUGUCAAGGGGGCAGAUGGGAAAACAACCCUUUUGCAUUUUGUGAUUCAGGAGAUUAUAAAAGGUGAAGGUGCUCGUCUUUCCGGAGCAAAUCAGAACAAACAGUCUGCCACUAAUGAUGAUGCUGAGUGCCGGAAACUUGGCCUCCAAGUUGUUUCCAACAUUAGUUCAGAGCUUAUGAAUGUUAAAAAUGCUGCUGCCAUGGAUUCAGAAGUGCUCCACAGUGAUCUUUUAAAGCUUUCCAAGGGAAUCAGAAACAUUGCAGAGGUUGUUGGAUCCAUUGAAGCUGUUGGAUUGGAGGAAAGCAGUACUAAAAAAUUCUCCGAGUCCAUGAACAGGUUCAUGAACGUAGCAGAAGAGAAGAUUGUAAGGCUCCAAGCUCAAGAAACAUUAGCCAUGUCACUGGUGAAGGAAAUAACCGAGUAUUUCCAUGGAGAUUCAGCUAGAGAAGAGGCUCACCCUUUUAGAACCUUCAUGGUGGUCAAAGACUUCCUAGUGAUUCUUGAUCGGGUUUGCAAGGAAGUUGGAAUGAUAAAUGAGCGGACAAUAGUUAGCUCCGCUCAUAAAUUCCCAGUUCCAGUUAAUCCAAAUCAACAACCUGUCACUAGCCGAUACACAGCUAAACGGCAGCACAGUUCCUCCUCUGAUGAAGAAUACUCCUCUGCUUAGUAGGUGUUGUUUGGUCAUAACAGGCAACCCCUAGUUUUUGCUUUUAGCCAAAACCAAUGUAAUCUGCUAUAAAAGGCCUUGUAGGAGUUUGCCUGAGAUUGUGCACCUAGACUUUCUUUUAAGUUUGUGUAUUAUAUAGAUCACUGUAUAAUAUGUUAGAAAUUCUUUA